UGCACUUUCUGAAGCACACGGAUUUUAAGGUGAUAGCCUACUUAGAGUGUAAACGUCGGGCGCUCUAUUGAACAGACCCAAGAAUGUGAAAUUUGAACAGACCGAUGCAGUUGAUAAGGACAGCGAAUUUGUUUUGGGAUUGUAUUUGGCUACUUUAAUAGCCUAUUAGGCUACUUUUACAAACGGCCAUACCACUGCCAGGAUACCUUCAUAGUCUAUCUGAUUGAAAUGGUGCAAUGUUCCGAAGGAUACUCCAACGCGUUGACUUUUGGUUGAUUUGGGUAACAGUUGUACUAUGUGGAGCUUCUGGUGCAGGAGCGCACAGUUGCCAUGAGGUUAAAACGGCUUUCCAAUUGCGCCAGAUCGGCUCGUUGAAAUGGGUCCCCGAGGCACCUGGAACAGAUGGUGAGCUUCAGAUCUGCAAGCACCCAGGCCCGUCAUGUUGCACACGCAAGAUGGAGGAGAGUUACCAGGCAGCAGUGCGCAGAGAGACUCUCCAGAACAUCCGUUCCUACAGCUUUGAGCUCAAGUACCUCAUUGUGGGCCAUUCCUCUGCCUUCCAGGACACGUUCCAGUCUCUUCUGUCGUUCACUCUGAACCUGACCAGUGCUCUGUUUGACAGUGCCUAUGAGCCCCUCUCCCAGGAGGCUCGCCCCCUGGUGGCAGACCUCUUCUCCGUCCUCUCUCUCUUCCUGGGAGGAGACGGCAACACCUCCAUGGAGCACUCCGUGCACCGCUUCUAUGACGACCUCUUCCCACUGGUGUACCGGCGCCUUGUCAACCCUGGCCUGGCCUCGGCCCCGCACUCCUCUGAGCACAGUGAGUGUCUGCGCAAGACGCGUCAGGAUGUCAACCCGUUUGGGCCCCACCCUCGUGCCCUGGCUGAGGGGCUGAUCCGGGCUCUGAGCACAGGGCGGGCACUGAGCCGGGCGCUGAUGAUGGGGGCAGAGGUACUGAACGCCACAGAGCGGGCAGGGCUGGCCAGGGAGUGUGGGCGGUCUCUGGUGAGGAUGCAGUACUGCCCCCACUGCAGGGGCCUGACCCUGAUCCGGCCGUGUGGAGGACUAUGUCUUAACGUAAUGCGGGGUUGCCUGGUGGGGCUCUCGGAGCUAGACGGGCCCUGGAGGCACUAUGUGGCCCUGCUGCAGGAGCUGACGGGGGCCCUGGCCGGGGGCCACGAUCUGGAGCUGGCCCUGCUGGGCAUCAGGAACCACAUCAACGACGCCAUCCUGCACGCACAGCUGCAUGGGCCACGCAUCAGCGCCAUCGUGAGUCAGAGCCUCACCCAUCACUCACACUUCACCUAUCUUAGGACUGUACUGAUAUGA